GGCGCGGGGGGAGCGCGGAGGCCGUCGGGGGCCGUCGGGGGGGGCGCGGGGCGCUGGCGGGCGGUGCCGCGGCUCCGGUGGCGCGGCCGGGGAGCGGUGCGGCGGCGGCGGAGCGGGGCCGUCACAUGAUGCGGUUCCUGGAAAGUUCCUGGAAAGCAGCCUUUGUAUGGAGCCUGCCCGGGCGGGGGGGCGGCCGGGGGGAGGAUGCCCGCGCCUCCGAAUCAAAGGCGGCACGGACCGCUCGCUCCUGCCCGCUCCCGGCGAGGAGGGGGGCGGGCGGGCGGGCGGGGGCUGUUUCCCCACAAGGACCAUCCUCCUCCUCCUCCUGCUGCUGCCUCCUCCCUCCUCCUCCUCCUCCUCCUCCUCCUGCUGCUGCUGCUGCUGCUCUCGCAGCGGCAGCCGCCCGCCCGCCCGCCCGCCUGCCCGUCCGUCCGUCCGUCCGUCUGCCCGUCCGUCUGUCCGCCUGCGCCCCGCACCGCGAUGCCGCCGCUCCCUUGACACCGCCGGCGGCCGCAGCGACCCGACCGCCCCGCCUCCGGGGGCACCGGCAGCACCGGCAGCACCGGCAGCAGCAGCGGCAGCAGCGGCAGCAGCGGCAGCAGCAGCCCCGUCCCGUCCCGUCCCGCCGAGCCCCGGCGGCGGCGGCGGGGGCCGGACCGGGGCCAUGCCCCCUGCGCGGCGCUGAGCGCGGCGGCGGAGCCCCCCGGGCGCCCCCGGCCCGGCGCCCCCCCAUGACCCUGCGCUCCGCCGAGCCCCUGGAGAGCGCCGGGGGUCCCCGGGAGCGCUGGGGGCGCCCCGGGGAGGCGGUGGCGGCCGCGCCCGUCGCCGAGGAGCCCCGGGAGGCGGCGCGGCUGGCCGCGGCCAUGGAGGAGCUGCGGCGCGCAGGAUGGUACUGGGGCAGCAUGAGCGUUGCUGAAGCCAAGGAGAGGUUACAGGAUGCCCCCGAAGGGACUUUUUUGGUUCGGGACAGCUCGCAUUCAGAGUACCUGCUGACUAUUUCGGUAAAGACAUCAGCGGGACCGACCAACCUACGCAUCGAGUACCAGGACGGCAAGUUUCGGCUGGACUCCAUCACCUGCGUCAGGUCCCGGCUGAAGCAGUUCAACAGCGUGGUGCAUCUGAUCGAGUACUACGUGCUCAUGUGCAAGGACAGAACCGAAACGCCCUCGAACGGGACGGUUCAUCUUUACUUGAACAAGCCUCUCUACACGUCAGCUCCAUCCCUGCAACACCGCUGCCGGAUAACGAUAAACAAGUGCACAAACCAGAUCUGGGAGCUGCCCUUGCCAACCAGACUAAAAGAGUACUUGAAAGAGUACCGGUACCAGGUAUAGCUAUCUUUUCUCAAUGCCUCCAACGCAGAGUAACUUUUAAAUGCAAUUCUUAAAAUCAGCCAAAGAACUGAGUAACCGGUUGCACGGCUCAGCAUGGAAUUCACUAUCAAAACAGUGGCAGUUCUGGGGAAAGGCUUUUAUUUCAGAUGCCACAAAGGGAGACUUUAUGUAGGAUAAUCCCAGCCUGCAUCCUCGGGGGUUCGGCAAGGAGGCGUGCUGUCCUUGCGAGGGGCGAGAAGCCAGGAACCCCUCCGGAUCGUGUUGCUUUGUCGACGGCAUAAAAGCUGCACUAACUGCAAAGUGCUAACUGGAGCGGUGGGACAGGGAGAGACCGCAAAAGUGGUCAGAGACGUACGAGAGCGCGGAAGUUGUCAGUGGUCUGAUUCCGAGAUUCAUUUGGUGCUGGUGUUCAUAUAAUCCUGAGAGCUUAACUGGAUCACACUGUGAUAAUCUUGCCAAAGUUAUGCAACUAAUCAAAUCCAGUCAAAAAAAGCGAUCAUCCAUUCAGUUUUUAUUGAACUCUAAUUUCUGUGCUUUUCUGCAAGGAAAGGGGAACUGAAAGCAAUCACUUUAAAACAUUGUUUUUCAAAGUUCUCUAAAAGCUGAUACUAAGGAGAAAUGCCACAUCUUUCAUAGGAACCCAGUAUGUUGCUGAUUAUACCAGAUUGGUAUCCCAGAAUCUUUGUUAACAUGUUAACAUCUUCCUGGUGGUGAUAUAUCCAUGCUAUUACUGCUAAGCCUCGUUUGGUUGAGGCUUCAGGACUCCACGCUGCAGAACUGCAGCUGCUCGGUUCUGAUGUCAAAGCAUGGAUAUCAGCAGUUACGGCUGUCUUCUACAGUGUAGAAUGUUUUCUUCAGCUUCUUUCCCAAAAUAUGGGGAAAUCUGGAUUUUUUUUUUUUGAGGGAUUGGUUUUUUGUGUUUUUUUUUUUUUUUCCCUUUUUUUUUCUUCUAAUUCACCAUUGUAGCUACCAGACUAUUACUCAAUAAAAGCAAUCAGAUUGCACACCUA